CCUCCGACUGGCGGGGCGCUUCCCGCCCCGCUUUCAGCCAAUCAGAAAUCAUAUCUAGGGAGGCGUGACGGUGGGGGGGCGGGGUCCGGCCGGAGCCGCGGCAGAAUGGACCUGUCUGAGCACGUUCCCCGGUUCCGGAGACUUUUCUUGGUUGCUGUGCCAGAGUCCUGCGCUGCUGUGUCUCUCUGCGUGAUUUUUUGGAUCGUCGUUGCUUCUCUGGGCCUUGGGCUAAUUGCGGGUGCUGGACCUGGAGACGGAGUCGCGGCUUUCCACUUUGUCACAGUCCAGAGUGUGGUGGAUCACCUGGGAAACUAGGUCCACAUUGUCUUCAAGAAUCAAGUUCAGCAGAAAGCUCCUCCUGAGGCCUGACUACACACUGAGACACUUCUGGAACCUUCUGGCCGUCUUUGCUGUUGGCUCAGGCCAGGCCUCAUCACCUCUUCCUGAGUGCUAUACAGAAACUUCCCUUGGAACCAUCGUGGGUCACUAUUAGCGGCUUCAUUUCAUGCUUCCUAUAUCUCCAGCAUGGCAAUGUCACUCCAGUCUGUAAGUCACUCAGAUCCAGGAAGGCUUGCUAACAGCCAAACCAAAGAGACCUGUGAGACGGAACCAUCAGAAACCGGACACCUAUCACAUCUAUCAGCUCAGGCAAAUGUCUCAGGGGCCCAUUUUGAUCCACCUCUUGAAGUGGCUCCUACCAGGAACCCAAUCACAUACAACAAUAAGGCAACGGACCCAGUCCAUCCUGACCUUGCCAGCUUGUUGGUGAAAAACAAGACUCUUUUAGCGGAGCUGAGAAAUCUUCAAAGCAAGCUUUUCAUCAAAGAAACUUCAUUGCAAGAAGUGAAGAGGGAGUUAGAGAGUUACAAAGAGAGUAAUGCCCAGCAGUUGCUACAGAUAAUGUCCCUGAGAGAUGACAUCAGGAACCUGCAGAACCUUAUCUCUUCUCUAAUGAAAAUUAAGAUUUUGAAAAACACAAAUUCUCAGAAUCUUGGGAGAAGCAACUGGGACCUAACUGAGUGAGUUAUAGACCUAGAGAACCACCUAAGAGAACAUCUGGUGGACAGAGAGAAGGUGGGGCAGCAUGCAGAGCUGGAGAAAAGGUGGCCCUGCUCCAGCAGAUUCUCUUCCAGUAUGCAUCUGAAAGGACCAGAAGAUUCCUUGGAUAUUUUCCCCGUGAAGGACAAUGGCGAAGCUUCUGACUUUGAGAGAGACAUUGCUUACUCUGAAGGACCAUCUGAUGGGCAAAACAUUGUGGGUAAAUAUCAACAAGAUUUGCUCCACAAAGAAAAAUUAGCCUCUGAGUUCGACAGACCUCCAUACUCCUGCAGCUGGGAAGCCACGCCCGAGCAAGCCCAUCACCAGGAUUUCCUUGGCCAGUUGGCUACUCUACUGAGUGACAGCAUUGGCCCCAUACUAGCCACAGAGGAAGCGGUGAAAGAGAGGAUCCAGGAAAUGGGUGCAAAUGAGCAACUGUGGAAAUCUAAAACUGAAGCCCUGCGGCAGGAAACUCAGAUGCUCACGGAGAGAUUGGAGCAGCUGUACCACCUUUAUGGAGAAGUUGCUGCAAGGUUGCCCCAAACUGAGGGAAGUUACACUGGACAGAAAAGACCCCUGCAACACCUGGAAGGACAGGCCGCUGUCAACUACUCCCUGAGGAGUUUUGACACAUGCAGGAAGAAGGAAAACUCUAGGACUCGGACUGCCCAGACGGAUAAACACAGGAAGUUCAAACAGUUAGAAAUGUUACUGGAUAAUGGGCAGAACUGGAAGACGGCUGCAGCCCCAAGAAUGGAGGAGAAAAUUCAGAGACUCCAGAAGCAGCUUACCGAUUUGAAACUGUCAAAUAAAAACAUAAAAACUCAGCUGACAAGAAUAAAUAUCCUUAAACUUGCCGACUUUCGAGAAACCAUUAUGAAGAUGUUGGGGUUGAACAUGAAAACAGCAGAUAAGGAAGCCAUUAAUCAGCUGAAGCUUGUCAUCCAAGUUUAUGAAAUCUCCAACAAGGUAAAGGCGGCUUCUCACUGUGAGACCGGACAGGACAAUUGAGCACGUUCCGCCUC